CUACUAUAUAUAAAUGACAGAAGAAUGUGUGCUUCCACAACGAAAAUGUGGUUUCUCAGAAUUUUGUUUGCGUUUAUACUAGUUGUGCGAGUAAAGGGCGUGGUAAAAAAUUCUCAAGACUGUAAUAUACCAGCCAUAUACAACUUUGGUGACUCAAACUCGGAUACUGGUGGCAGUUCAGCUGCUUUCAGUCCAGCUGGCCCGCCCACGGGAGAAACAUACUUCGGCAUACCUACCGGUAGGGCCAGUGAUGGCCGCCUUAUCAUAGACUUCAUCGCUGAGAGUUUGGGGCUACCUUUCUUGAGUGCCUACUUAAAUUCUAUUAAGGCAAAUUUCGAGUAUGGGGCAAACUUUGCAACUGGAGGCGCAACCAUCAGGCGUUUAAAUGAGUCAUGGUUCCAGCAUGGAGUAAGCCCCUUUUCACUUGAUGUCCAGGUGGAACAGUUUGAUCAGUUUAAGACAAGAACAACUUACUUUUACACUCAAGCCAAAAAUGAGUCAGAUAAAAGCAAUCUCCCUAAUCCAGAUGACUUCUCUAAAGCUCUCUACAUUAUUGAUAUCGGACAAAAUGAUCUCGGGGCUUGUUUUAGAUCAUUAACCAAUCCCCAAUGUAUAGCCACCUUCCCAGACAUAAUACAGGACUUUGCUACAGCAGUCCAGAAACUGUAUGAUAAAGGGGCAAGAGCAUUCUGGAUUCAUAACACAGGCCCUUUUGGCUGUUUGCCUAUUUCCACUACAAAUCACCCAAAUCCAGAGCCGGGAUACUUUGAUGAAAUUGGCUGUAGAAAAGAUCAGAAUGAUGUUGCCAUAGAAUUCAAUAAGCAGCUCAAAGAUAAAAUAAUCCAACUAAGAACUGAGCUUUCAGAUGCUGCAUUGACACAUGUAGAUAUGUAUGCUGCCAAGCAUCAGUUAAUCAGCAAUGCAAAGAAUCAAGGAUUCGAGGAUGCAUUAAGCUAUUGCUGUGGAUAUCACAAAAAUGGUGUUGACAUCUGGUGUGGUAACACAGGAACUGUAAAUGGUACAGUUGUAAGUGCUGAUUCUUGUCCAGACCCUUCAAAAGUCAUCAGCUGGGAUGCAGUACACUACACUGACGCUGCAAAUUAUUGGAUUGCUAAUCACAUUAUAGAUGGUUCAUUUUCAGAUCCUCCAGUCUCAAUCAGCCAAGCAUGUAGUAAAAGUAUUAAUAUGUGACACUAUCCUAUAUAUAAUCUAAUAGCAAUGUGUUUUCAAGAAAUAGGAAAAGGAACUACCACUUAUUUCAUUUAAAAAUUACAUCUUGUUCGUAGUAAUGACAAUAAAGUCGGUUCUUGAUCA